AUGUCGAAUGACCGGAGCGUACUAGAGAAGCUAGGGGAAGAGAACCUAAAAUCAUCAAAGCCCAUGCUACCGGAGAAGGACAUUGGGUUUGAACGAGUGUUGGGGAUGGCGUGGAUACAAGAAGAAGAUGUCUUCGUGUUUUCGUUGCAGUUUUGCGAAAAAAUGAGAACCCUACUGGAAGGUACCGUGAUCCUAACAAAAAGGGAAAUGCUUCGGCUAGUCAUGAGCAUCUACGAUCACCUUGGAUUGGUGGCAUCGUUUGUCAUCCAUGGGAAAAUCCUUAUCCAAGAAGUUUGGCGAACUGACACGGAUUGGGACUCCAACAUUCCAAUGGAGAUUGCAACUCGUUGGAUGGAAUGGUUGGCAACACUGAGGAACAUGACCGGAUUGCGUAUUCCCCGGUGCUAUUUUCCUGGAUAUGAUCCAGAAAGCUUCGAUAGUCUUGAGUUGCACGUGUUCGUGGAAGCCAGCGCCCAGGCUUAUGCAGCAGUAGCGUACUUUCGCAUUUCAGAUCGGGGUCAGAUCAGGGUGGCUCUUGUUGCGUCCAAAACGAAGGUCGCACCACUUAGAGGAGUUUCGAUUCCUCGUUUAGAGUUGAUGGCAGCGUUACUUGGAGCUCGCUUGCGGAAAACGAUCGAGGAGAAUCACUCGAUAAAGGUGAAGAAAACCUGUUUUUGGAGCGACUCAUCGACGGUUUGUUCCUGGAUUAAAUCGGAUACACGUCGAUAUCGCCAGUUUGUCACAUUCAGAAUCGAUGAAAUAUUGAGUCUUUCGAGCAUCGACGAAUGGCAGUGGAUUUCAACGAAGAUCAACGUGGCAGAUGAAGCCACCAAAUGGGGAAAGGGUCCUUCGUGUAACAUUGAAAGCCGUUGGUUCCAGGGACCCGAGUUUCUUUAUAACAACGAUACCGAUAUGAUGAUGGUUCCGAAUGAUAAUACGGAUGAAAGUGACAAGGAGUUACGGGAGGCGUAUGUAUGCAGUCAUCUGGUCAGGGAACCGCUAAUAGAUCCUGAAAGAUUUUCGCGGUUUGAAAAAAUGUUGCGCUCGGUGGCAUAUGUUCAUCACUUUGUGGAUAACCUGCGAACUUCAAAGAAUAAUGAAUCAACGGGUACUGUUGGGGUAACUAGCGCGGAAAUUCGCAAAGCUGAGAGAACUUUGUGGUUGAUCGCGCAAUCUGAAGCGUUUCCGGAUGAAGCAGCGAUCUUAAAGGCGAAUUUAGAACGGAGUGGUGGAGGCCAGAAAAAAAUUGGAGCAUCUAGCAGUUUACUGAAGCAAUCUCCAUUCGCGGACGAAUACGGGGUGUUGAGAGUAGGCAGUAGAGCUGCGGACGCGCAAGUUAUGGCUUACGACUCGAAGUUUCCUAUUAUUCUGCCUAGAAACCACAAAAUUACGGAGCUGCUGCUGGAUUUUUACCACAGGAAGUACGGACAUGCAAACGAUGAGACCAUAGUGAAUGAGGUGCGUCAGAAAUUUCAUGUCUCACGGCUGCGAGUUGAAGUACGCCUUAUUAGAAAGCGAUGUAUGUGGUGCCGGGUGUACAAGACAACGCCGAUCGCCCCUAAAAUGGGACCGCUACCUGCGGUACGAUUACAACCGUAUGUGCGGGCGUUCACUUACGUGGGUGUAGACAUUUUUGGUCCGUAUUUGGUGAAGGUUGGACGAAGCGUAGUUAAACGAUGGGUGUGUCUUUUCACGUGCCUCACUAUCAGAGCAAUCCACCUAGAGGUAGUAGCCAGUUUAACCACGGAUUCGUGUAAGAAGGCAAUUAGGAGAUUCAUUGCACGACGGGGUUCCCCUCAGGAAAUAUUCUCCGACAAUGGCACUAAUUUUGUAGGAGCGAGCCGGGAGCUACGGAACGAAAUCAGCAGGAUUCAUUCUGAAUUGGGUAGUACAUUCACAAAUGCUCAAACUCAGUGGCGUUUCAACCCUCCUGCUGCUCCUCAUAUGGGAGGCUGCUGGGAGAGGAUGGUACGGGCCGUAAAAUCAGCACUUGGAUGCGUUCCGAUUGUGCGGAAGCUAGACGAGGAGUCGCUUGCUACAGUGAUGGCAGAAGCUGAAAGCAUGGUCAAUUCUCGACCAUUGACGUUCAUCCCGCUGGAAACGGCUGACCAUGAAUCGUUGACGCCCAACCAUUUUUUGCUUCUCAAUUCCAAUGGUGUACGAGAACCGGAGAAGCUACCAACAGAUGAAAAAAUGGCAUUGAAAAAUAGUUGGAACAUGGUUAAGCACACGAUGGACAACUUUUGGCGCCGUUGGUUGGUGGAAUACCUCCCGACUAUUAUUAGACGGACGAAGUGGUUUCAGGACGUAAGACAGAUCGAAGUGGGAGACCUGGUGCUUGUGGUGGACGAGAAUAUCCGGAACCGGUGGUUACGUGGACGAGUGAUCCACACAGUUCCAGGAAGAGACGGAGUAGCACGUAGUGCAGAGGUGAAGACAUCCUUUGGGAUUUUGAAAAGGCCGGUAACGAGACUGGCUCUGCUGGACGUGGAAAAAUUGGGUGACGCUGAACCGGAAGUUAAGGCGACACGGGGGGGAGACUGUUCGCCGCAAAAGCCCCUCGUUUAG